AUGAAAAAUAAUUACGGGAAAAUUUUAUUAUUGUCAUCUUGUGCUUUGAGCUUUGGCAUAUACUGUUACGUGAAGAAAACAAAAUAUUCAGAUUAUGAAAGGAGAUAUGAAGGUGUUUUAAAAGAUAUAGAAAGACAAAAAAUGAAACUUCAAAAAUGGAAAGCUGAUAAUUUAUAG